AUGUAUGGACAACCAUUCAUGUUUACUUUCAAAGGCUAAAAUAAACUGGGAUUCGAUUUAGCCUUUGGAGGAUACAGUGAUUUAGAUCCGAGGUAUGGCUCAAUUAUUGCAACCCAUAAUGUGAGGCAAAGAUUUAAAAAUAAGACAACAGGUCUUUUAGAGGUAAAAAUGGCUUAUGAGCCUCUUGAAUUGGUUAGAUGUGGGUAAGAGUAUUUCAAUUAUGAAAAUAAGAAUGAAUCAGCAUAUGAUGAUGUUGCUAAUUUGCUAUGCAUAAAAGAAAAGAAGUAUCUAAGUUUAGGAGGGGCAUGGACAACAAAUAGAUUAGAAGAAAUUCAAAUUGUUAUGAAGCCUUGUGAAAAUAAAACUAGUAGCAAGACAAUCUGCGCCUCAGAGUCUCAAAUUCUUGAAUAUUUUUCAACAUUCAUUGAAGAUAGAUAUUUUAUGCCAGUACAGACUAAUCAGUAAAAAGGUUUGGUAAUACUUGUAAAGAAAGGCUUUUCUAAUCUUAAUGAUGAUUUCUUUCCAUUUCAAUCCUAGAAUAAUAAAAACUUUAUCUUUGUAGAUAAUUUCAUUCAGUCUACAGGGAAUCUUGAUUAUCAUGACUGUAAUUGCUACACCAAAAUUAUCUUAAGAAUGGAUGUAGAAUAUGAAAUUUAUGAGAGAAAAGUUUAUAAUUUUGCAGAUCUGCUUUCAGAACUUGGUGGUAUUUAUAGUUCACUAUUUGCAAUCGGAAGUAUAUUCGUGAUGAGUAUCAGCUAAAAUCUCUUUUACUCUCAAAUUAUCAAAGAUAUAUAUCAAAUAAAAGAGUCUUCUUAGGACUUUAUAGGAAAUUUUAGAAAGCAAACUACACUAGAGAGAAAGGAAGAUAAAAAUACAAUAAUUGAUAAGCUUAAGAAUUUAAACACUUUAAACCAGACUCAAAAGACUGACGCAUCAAUUAGAGAGCUUCAUUAAUUUUAAGAUGAUGAAGAGGAAAUAAAAGCACAAGAGGCUCCUUCCCUACUCAGUCGUAUACUAUUUGAAAUUCAGAAUCGUCUUAAUGUUGCCUUUAAAAUAAAGAAUAUUCUUAAGAUAACACUUGGAUUAGUAACUAAAAACGAUUUAAAGAUGAGAAAGGAAAAUUAAGAUUUCAGACAGAUAUAUCUCUUCAAAAAAGGUGUGUCAAAAAUUGAUAAUGAAUUUGAUGCAAUAUCAUUAUUGAAGCUUAUGAAGCAAGUUAAACUUCUCUCACAGGUAAUACUUAACCCUACCCAGAGACUUCUACUAGGCUUUCAGAGAAAAAAUGUCUUAGACUCUGACAGCAGUGAUGCAAAUAACAGUGAUGAGGAUGAUUUGAAAAUCAUCAAUCGAAUGAAAAGCAAAAGUGCAUUCGUUAAGUUGAUGUCACUUGGCAAAAUGAAGAAAAAGAUCAGUGAAUACUUAGAUGAAACAAAAGGUCAAUUUAAUGAAAUAGACAGAAGAAUAUUUUAAGGAAUUAUUGAAAAACAUAUCAAUGAUGCUACUAAUUAAUUUAAUCUGCGUCCUAAUUCAGCACAGUUAUCGAGAUAGCCAACAUUAAUCAAGAAAUUAACUUAAUAAGAUGAAAUAGAAAGUGCUAAAGAAAUUUAAAUUUAAAAAGAAAAUGAUUUUAGUUUCAUGACUUUAGUUGAGAAUGAAUUAUCAAAUAUUGAUACAACAAAAUUGUAGGAUGUUUCAAUUGAUUAGAUAUAUAAUUCUAACAAAAGUUUCAUUCCUGAUAACUAAAUAGUAUCCUCCAAAGAUCUUGCUUUUAAAAAUUAGGAGUAUUUAAGUGAGUUCUGUAUUGAUAAGGAAGAAGAUCAAUAAGACCUAAGAAAUUUCUAAAAAGAGGAAAACAAUUAGGUUCAAAAAAGUUUAGUAAAUAGCAAGCAAGAUACAAUUAAAACCUAAAAAUCAAGAAUUAAGAUUAAAUCAUGA